CAAGGCUAUGGAAGCCUUUUGUGACCAUAUUCUCCAAGAGAUGUCUCUUGAUCAUCUGUCUUUGAGACGUUUAUACAUCUUACAUGGUUCCUAAAAACAUAGGCAGUCAUGCACUUGGUACAGAAGAUACAAAUACCAUCGUCUGCCAGGUAUUUCAACCUUCACCUGCGGAUCAUGAAAAAUACGGUGGGGAUCCACAGCACCCUCACAAACUGCAUGUUGUUACCAGGAUAAAAAGUACAAAACGACGUCCGUAUUGGGAAAAAAAUAUAAUAAAGAUGCUUGGAUUAGGAAAAGCACACACCCCUCAGGUUCACAAGAAUAUCCCUUCAGUGAAUGCCAAACUGAAAGUGGUUAAACAUUUGAUAAGAAUCCAGCCCCUGAAGUUGCCACAAGGCCUUCCAACAGAGGAGAACAUGUCCAGCACGUGCCUCAAGAGCACCGGGGAACUGGUCGUGCAGUGGCACCUAAAACCUGUGGAGCAGGGCGCGGUGAAGUCCUGAGCCAGAGCAGUGUGGGUGGACACCGAAAACCGCUUCCACUUACUGGUGGGGAGAAAGUGUGUUCCCUACAAUGUAUUAAAUCCCAGUCAUUGUCACUGCCUGACCUCCCUGUGAUUCUUCCUUAUCCUAAAGGCUUGGAGGGUCUUCUGCUAUUAUUUGGUUUAAUGCUUUUCCUUUUCCCCUGAUAGUUUGACUCCAAAAUAAGUAAGGAUAGCACUGUUCAAACAGUAGUUUCAGGUCCACUGCCACCAUAGUUAGCAAUCGUCAUUAACUUUGUUUUGUUUCUUUGUUUUGAGAGGUAGAGUUACUGAGAGAGAGAGGGAGAGACAGAGAGAAAGGUCUUCCAUCCACUGGUUCACUCCCCAACUGGCUGCAACAACUGGAUCUGUGCACAUCCGAAGCCAGUAACCAGGAGCUUCUCCCGGGUUUCCCAUGCCAGUGCAGGGGCCCAAGGACUGGGGCCAUCUUCUACUGCUUUCCCAGGCCAUAGCAGAGAGCUGGUUCCGAAGUGGAGCAGCCAGGACUAGAACCAGUGCCCAUAUGGGAUGCUGGCACCACAAGUGGAGGCUUAGCCAACUACUACACAGCACCAGCCCUGUCAUUAACUUUUUGUAAAAGUUGUUUUCUCAUUUAAUUGAAUUCAGCAAAUUCUGAAUGGCUGUCUUUAGUCCAUUUUGUGUAGCAAAAACACUAGGCACUUUUUAAGGAAGAAAGGUUUAUUUGGGUUCACGGUUUUAGCGGCUGUGAAGUCCAACCUCAGGCAGCCACAUCUGGCCAUGGGUCACGCCCUGUCCUGUCGUGGCAGAUAGCAUCAUGAUAGGAACUUGUGUGCGAGGUAUCCCAUGGUAAGAGAGGUAGCAAGACAGCUAGCUAAGACGUCAGAGUCACUUCGUAAUAGCUGCUCUCAGGAGAGCGGCAGCAAUCCCGUCCAGAAGUGACCUAAUCUGUGACCUAAUCACCUUGCCCUAGCCCCGCUUGUUCAAAGUCCUGCCACUUCUCAGCACCAUUGCAUGGUGCACAUGAACCUUGGAUCGGGGGUAGGGGACAAUGGAGGGGAACAAACCAUAUCAGAUGUAAACUAUAGCAGGCUCUUUGAGUGAACACUACUCUGUGUUGGAAAAAUCCAAAGCUGACCAAAACAGAGUCCCUGGCCUGCAGGAGCUUGCUUCCAGUCUGUUCUGCUGAGAACGAAGAUGCAGACAAACUCCAGCAACUCUGCGUGCACCUGGAGUGGCUGCCCCGUGCUUGACUGUAAAUACAGCCAGGGGCAUGGGUUCAUUUUAUCCUGAAAUUUCAUACCAAAAGUACUAUCUAUUUCCUAAUUGUCUAAUUAGUCCUAAACUUUAUUAUUCCACUCUGGACAAAGUGUAUUCAGCCCUGUGUAAGCUUUUUCCUCAUAGAACAAGGAUAUGAAAUGAAAGCAUUUUAGGAUUUAUUCAGAAACAGACUAUUUUCAGCUUCAAAAUUAAUCUUUUUUAAAUUCCUAAGGAACCUCUGAUAACAGAUAAGGUUGCUAUUUGAAAUAAGAGAAAGGGUGGAGAAAUCUUUUGAGGGAGGUUAUUUUAUUUCCCUUUUUUCUAUUUCUGACCUGGAGGGGCGAGCGGAAGUCAGACUUUUAGGGAAGGCCUACUGCUGGGGAUUCCUGUGGUAGCUAAUUGAAGAUGAUGGUGAAGAACCACUGCAUCCUAGUUAGCCUUUAUUUCCUUUGGUCCUUGUAAAAUUCUGCUUAGGCAGCAACAACACAUUGGUGGACUUAAUAUUUUUUUUCUUAAUAUCUUCCCUGUCCAUGUCAGAGUGCUGGUAGGCCUGGCUAUUCCACUUCUGAUCCAGUUUCCUGCUGGUACACAUGGGAAGACAGUGGAAAGUGGCCAAAGUGCUUUAGCCCCUGCCACCCAGGAGGAGACCAUGUAAAAAUAGGCCAGUUUGUUGGUCUUCUGUUGUCAAGUAACAAGUUACCACAAUUUACCUUAAAAUAACACACACACCAUUGUCUCUCAGUAUCUAUGGGUAAAAAAUGUGGCCCUGGGGCCGGCACUGUGGCUCAGUAGGUUAAAGUCCCAGCUUGCGGUGCCAGCAUCCCAUAUGGGUGCUGGUUUGAGUUCCGGCUCCUCCACUUCCAGCGUAGCUCCCUGCAAAUGCUCCUGGGAAAGCUGCAGAAGAUGGCCCAAGUGCUUGGGCCCCUGCACCCUUGUGAGAGACCCAGAAGAAGCUCCUGGCUCCUGGCUCUGCCUGGCUCAGUCCUGGCUGUUAUGGCCAUUUGGGGAAUGAAGCAGAGAUGGAAGGUCUCUGUCUCUGUCUCUACUCUCUCUAACUCUGCCUUUCACACAAAUAAUAAUAAUAAUUUAAAAAGUGGGCAUGGCUUAGCUAGGUAGUGUGCUUCCAGUCUCACAGGUCAAGAGGUGUUCUCCAAGGCUGGGUUCUGGAGAGAGUCUCGACUGGGAGAUCUGCUUCCACGCUCUUGGGCUGGCAGAACUGAUUUCCUUAUGGCUGUAGAUUUCACAGCAAGUUGCUGCUUCAAAACCAGCAUUGGGCAGACUCAAACAAGAUGGGCCCUGUACACCCACAUAAUGCAGUUGUGUGUAUCCCAUCACCUCUGCUGCCUUCCGCUGGUUAGAAGCAAGCCUGGUCCUGCCCAUGCUCAAGGAAGAAGAAAGCUACCCGAAGGCAUGACUACCAGGAGACAGGGUUGAUGGUGGCCUCCUUAGAGCCUAUAGCCCAAACUGACAAGACCCCACAGAAUUAAGCAUUUGUAUUUUAUAAUGACCUCUUUGGAUCCCUCUCAGUGAUGUCUUUUUGAGGCUUUUGUCUGAUUGUUUGGUAUAAUGAUCUAAUAGAGUAUUUCCUUUUGCUUUCAUAUCAUCAUUUUUUCUAUCAGUCUCAGCAUAGAUAAUAGCCACCGUUCGAGGAAAGGGGAGUACCUUUAACAAUUCCCUAACCUGUCUACUUUUUAUGGGAAUUCCAGCAGAGAUAAGAAACACCUUGGUUCCAGUGCAUUGCUACUCCAGAAGCAUACCUGCUGUGUGUACCUAUGCUUAUUUUCCAGUCUGUGGCUAGUUGAUGUCAUCUGAUAAGUACCAGAAGUUCUGUUCUCUGGGCUGACUGUACCGCAGAGGACCAUAUGAAGGAUUGCCAGUCAGUUUGUGGAAUAUGCAUACUAUGAAAACACUGUACAUGAAUUCCAAAAAACUGUACCAAGAUAAGCUUACCUUAAUUCUGUUUUUCCAGGAACUUUUUGAACUACACUUGUAUCAUAAAGGAGAGUUUCAGUUAGGGAUGACAUUGCUUGAUAGUCCUCCGAUUCUGGCGUCAGGUAUGAUCAGAUUAAGUAAAGGGGCUCAGUGACAGUACAGCAAGUCCCCCAAGUGAGGUAGGAUAACGAUGACGUUGUCGGUCAUCCCCAGGGGCAGGAGCCUGGCGGGAUUGAUUUGCUGCAGUAAAUAGUAGCAGUGUUAAGUGGGAGGCAGUAACAAAACCUCCCAAGGUUGAUUGGCUGGAAAGUACUGCAGGUUCUCAGUAGCAAAGUCUGAACUCUAAGAGGAACUGUGAGAACAAGCAAGGAGCCCAGAAUUAGUUUGGCAGGAGCAUCAAGAAGUUUCUCAGUCUCAGGAACUGCCCUAAGGGAAAGAUAAGCUUCUGCAGCCAGGUGAAGGGAGAGGCUAUGCUUUUACUAAGUGAUGGCUUUUUUGAUAAUUCCCAUUUAAGUUGCGUUAAAACUCCCAGGAUUUAUUGCAUGCCGUAGCCACCAAUAAAUAAAAGAUUUUUGUAGUUAGGGCUAGAGGGGAAGAAGCUGUUGAAGAAUCUUCAGGUCAUAGAAGACCUGCUCUUUGAGUUCCCUACAGGUGUCAGUCUCAGAAAAUAUCAUUAUCCACUGUCUGAAAUAACAAAUUAAAUCUAGAAAUCCCCUCAACUGUCAAUUUGGGAGCGGUCUAGGAUACGUCUUUUUUUAAUGACAUGACUAUUAAAAAUGUAACCAAAAGAUGCUGUUCUCCAAAGUCUUAGAGAAAUUGUGAGUGGAUCAAUAAAAAAGAGCUGUAUUUCUAUAACUGUCA